CCGACAAUUACGCCACCGAGUGUUUGCUCCGCGACACUGGGUUAUUUAUAGUUGCCAUCAGUGAACGCCGUGGCUCGAUUUGGACAACAGAAGGGUUCUGAAAAUGUUUGCCAGUUUUAUUGUUAAUGGAAAGCGGUUUGAAGUAACAACCAGUGACGUGAAACCGCACACAUCGUUAAACACCUUCAUCCGGAAUCAUGCGCAUCUGACGAGCACCAAGUUCAUGUGCCUCGAGGGCGGUUGCGGGGCUUGCGUUGUCAACUUGAGCGGAGUACAUCCGAUCACCGGGGAUGCCUUCUCCUAUGCCGUAAAUUCUUGUUUGUUCCCAGCGUUCGCGUGCCAUGGGAUGGACGUUACGACGGUCGAGGGUAUCGGUAGCAAGCAAAACGGAUAUCAUGCCACUCAGAAGCUGUUGGCUCAUUUCAACGGAACGCAAUGCGGCUAUUGCUCUCCGGGAAUGAUCAUGAAUAUGUAUUCGUUGCUGGAAGCGAAGCAAGGCAAUGUGACGAUGGAAGAGAUCGAGAACUCCUUCGGUGGGAACAUCUGCCGCUGUACCGGCUAUCGGCCGAUCCUGGACGCGUUCAAAUCGCUGGCCGUUGACGCUGAUCAGAAGCUUAAGGAUAAGUGUCAGGAUAUUGAGGAUCUUACCAAGAUUUGUCCUAAAACCGGAUCUGCUUGCGCUGGCAAGUGUUCUGCCGCUGGCGCUAAACCGAAUCAACGCAAGGGACUCCAUCUGAGCUUCGAGCAGGAUCGCGAGUGGCAUAAGGUGUACGAUAUCAGUGACAUCUUUGCUAUCUUCGAGAGCAUCGGCGAUCGUCCUUACACCCUUGUGGGUGGUAACACCGCCCAUGGAGUUUACCGACGAAGCGAGGAUUUGGAAGUGUUCAUCGAUGUCAACGCAAUCGAGGUGCUGCGUAGUCAUUCCUUGGGCACUUCGCUCACCGUCGGUGCAGGAACCACCCUUACCGAGCUCAUGGAGCUGAUGACGAAUACGGCGAAGCGGAAUCCGAGCUUCUCUUACCUGGAGCACUUGGUUCGUCACGUUGACCUGAUUGCCAAUGUGCCCGUUCGAAACACUGGCACGAUUGCUGGCAAUCUGAGCAUCAAGAACCAACAUAACGAGUUUCCUUCGGACUUGUACCUGAUUCUGGAGGCCGCUGAUGCUACGUUGACUGUUUUGGAGGCGCAUGGUAAAACCAGCAUUUUUAAGCCAUCGGAGUACGUUGCGAUGAACAUGAACAAGAAAGUCCUUCUGAAUGUGGUGCUUCCUCCUCUGGAUCCGAAGGAGUAUGUUUAUCGAUCGUUCAAGGUCAUGCCUCGAGCUCAGAACGCUCACGCAUACGUCAAUGGAGCAUUCUUGGUGAAGACGGAGGGUUCCAGCAUCGUCUCGAGUAACAUUUGCUUUGGAGGCAUCAAUCCUCAGUUCACGCACGCCACCAAGACCGAAGCCUUCCUAAGGGGCCGAAAUCUGCUCACCAACGACACUGUGCAGGGUGCAUUGAAGGUUCUGGCCGAGGAGUUGACCCCCGACUGGGUGCUGCCCGAUGCAUCGCCUGAGUACAGGAAGAACCUGGCCUUAUCGUUGUUCUACAAGUUUGUGCUCAGCGUUGCGGCGGAGCUAAAUGUCACCAUAAAACCCGAAUUCAUCUCCGGUGGAACAAUGCUCAAUAGAUCUGUUUCGAGAGGCGCGCAACAUUUCUCCAACGAGCGCCAAUCGAGGGAGACAAAUUGGGCCUCGGCAAGGAAAGGCCCCAAAUUAGAAGGCCUGGUACAAGCAUCCGGCGAAGCUAAGUACGUUAACGAUUUACCGACCAUUCCGGGGGAACUGUAUGCUGCAUUCGUUCUUGGUACACAGGUGCACGCCGAAAUAGACUCGAUCGAUCCCUCCGCCGCUCUGCAACUGUCUGGUGUGAUUGCUUUCUAUUCAGCCCAAGAUAUUCCCGGAACCAACGACUUUAUGCCAGUGAAAUCUAAAUUCACACAGAAUGUGGAAGAAAUACUGUGCAGCAAACGUAUUCAGUUCCAUGGCCAACCGGUAGGAAUCAUUAUGGCCACUGACUUCGAUCAAUCUCAAUUGGCUGCACGAAAAGUAAUAAUCAACUACAAAGCCAGCUCCUCGGAACCUAUUUAUCCGACUGUUAAAGAAGUAGCAAAUGCUCAAGCAGAAGAUCGUAUUAAACCCAUCGACUAUGGCUUCACUGGUUCGCAGUACAGCGAUGCGUUGAUCGACGAACCAAGCCAUCAUUCCAUAACCGGAACAUUCGAGUCUGGAGGCCAGUAUCACUACACGAUGGAGACGCAAACGUGCGUUUGUCGGCCACUCGAAGAUGGAAUGGAAAUCCAUUCGGCAACACAAGCCAUAACGCUCACCCAAAUUGCCAUCGCCCAAAUGCUGGGCAUGCCAGAGAACAGUCUUCAGUUGAUUGUUCGCCGAAUCGGUGGCGGUUACGGUGGUAAGGCCUCGCGUGCCGUACAGAUCGCUUGUGCGUGUGCCCUAGUGUGCUACCUCACACAACGGCCAGUUCGUCUCAUAAUGACACUGGAAUCCAACAUGGCAGCCAUUGGAAAGCGAUACGGCAUUGUGUCAUCCUAUCGCGUCAAAACCGAUUCCACCGGAGCAAUCGUUCAUUUGCGAAACGAAUUCCUACACGACGCCGGCUGCAACAGUAACGAAGCACCGGACUUUGUGGAACCGUACUAUGGAAAUUGCUACCAGAAGGAGUGCUGGGCGGUGAUUUCAAAAACAGCCAUUACGGACUCGGCCAGCAAUACAUGGUGCCGUGCACCGGGCACAACGGAGGCUUAUGCUAUGAUUGAAUCGAUCAUGGAACAUAUUGCCUUCGAAACUGGCCAGGAUCCGCUGGAAGUUCGUCUCCGAAACAUGCUGGCCGAUUCGGAGAUGCGAGAACUACUGCAAAACUUCCGGCGUGAUACAGAGUACGAUCAGCGAUUAGAGGCGAUAAGACAGUUCAAUGUCGAGAACCGUUGGCGUAAACGGGGCAUCGCCAUCGUUCCGCUCAAGUAUCCGGUGGCGUACUUUGGUACGCUACACGCGCUAGUGUCUGUUUUCCAUACCGAUGGUACGGUGGCCAUAACCCACGGAGGAAUAGAAAUGGGACAAGGUAUCAACACACGGGCCGCAUUGGUUGCUGCGAAAGUUCUGCAGAUACCGCUUGAUAAAAUCAUUAUCCGACCAACGACCAAUCUUACCGCACCGAAUGACUUUUGUUCCCAAGCGAGCAUAACUUCGGAAGCCGUUGCACAUUCCGUGCUGAUGGCGUGUGAGACGCUCCUGAAAAGAAUGGAACCGAUUCGACGACAAACUCCCGACGAUGCCUCGUGGGAGCAACUGACCAACGAAUGCCACCGGCAAGGAGUGGAUCUGUGCGCUACGGCGAUGUACAAUGGCGAUGUGCUUCCUUCGUACAGUGUUUGGGCCAUGUCCUGUGCCGAGAUCGAGCUGGAUGUACUCACGGGCAAUGUGGUUUUACAUCGAGUCGACAUUCUAGAAGACGCUGGACAAACGAUCAACCCGGAGAUAGAAAUCGGACAAAUUGAGGGUGCGUUCAUGAUGGGCGUAGGUCUCUAUCUCACGGAAGCACUCGUUUAUGAUCCGCGCACCGGUGAGCUGUUAACUAAUCGAUCUUGGAACUAUCGACCACCGGGAGCGAAAGAUAUUCCGAUCGAUUUUCGAGUACGGUUGCUGCAGAACACCUUGCUUCCUACUGGUGUGCAGCGGUCCAAGGCAACCGGUGAGCCAGCCGUUAACAUGGGCAUCGUGGUGCUGUUUGCGCUAAGGAAUGCCAUUAAUGCGGCUCGUCGCGAUGCGGGUGCACCGGAAGAGUGGAUUCCGCUCGGAUCACCCAGCACACCAGACCGAAUUAGGGAGCAUGUUGGAGGUUCAUGGGAUCAAUACCUACUUCAUUGA